UGAAAGUUGAUACCGCGCCGCUGUUACCUCGCCUUCGUUCUCGCGACUCCCUGCAACAACUCUAGUGUUACGAAAAUCCACUUACUUAUCUCCUCACCUAAUGACUUAUCGGUAUUGAGCGGAAUUUUUUGACAUCCCUUUACACAAAUACGACCUCCUAUCCUCAGAUCCACCCAAUACCUCGACACCAGGGCCCCCUUUCUCAUUGAAUGAAAUCCCAACGGAAUCAUGUCGCCGUCCACAGCUCACAUAUCGAGCCAACUGCGGCAAUUAAUAUAUUAUCACCUCGAUAACAACCUAAUCCGCAACGCGCUAUUCCUCGCCGGUCGGUUGCACGCCUACGAGCCUCGCGCAUCGGAAGCAUCGUACCUCCUCGCCCUUUGUCAUCUCCAGAACGGUCAGGUCAAAGCAGCAUACGACUAUAGUAAGAACUUUGGAUCCCGGGGCACUCAUCUUGGUUGCGCGUAUGUGUUUGCGCAAGCGUGUCUCGACCUGGGGAAAUAUAUCGAUGGUAUCACGGCGCUGGAACGGAGUAAAAGCCUUUGGGCCUCCAAAAAUCACUGGAACAAGCAUAGCGAAACGCGCAGACAACAUCUUCCCGAUGCGGCAGCAGUCUUAUGCUUACUGGGUAAGCUGUGGCAUGCUCACAACCAGGACAACAAGGCAGUAGAAUGUUAUGUUGAGUCCCUUAAGUUGAACCCUUUCAUGUGGGACGCGUUUCUGGGUCUCUGCGAGACUGGUGUCAAUAUUCGAGUGCCCAACAUCUUCAAGAUGAACCCUGAGUUUCAUGCCCUUGUCUCAUCUUCCUCGCAAGAGGACCUCGACAUUCCUUCUGAGAAGACGAUACAUGCCGGUGGCCCUUUGCAGCCGCAAUUCAAAGCAAAUGCGAGCAUGGAUCCCUUCACGACAUUGACAUCGCGAGGCGACACGGCAACCACACAUGGGAGUUCGGCUCUAUGGGAAAAACUGAAUGGAAGUACGGUCAGCGUGGCUUCAGCAGGCACAGGCGCGGCCCCAGUGGUUAGGGAAGGCACUGAGACACCCGGAGGUCAAAGUAGCGAGUCCGAUGAGGUUCGUGCCCUCAACAGGACAGGCAGCGGGGAGGGCGCGUGGGAGCCGCCCUUGGCUCCCGCCAGGAAGAACAGGACGAUUCAAGCAAUCGGCGUUGACCAUACGAUGGAUUCCCCGCCAAAGAUGAAACCGACAGGCAUCAGGCCACGAACGAGGACUCGUGUUGAAUCAGAAGAGCAAAGCAUGUCGCACCCGGAGAAGGACGCCUUGAAUGGUUCUCGUGUGGGAGAUCGCAAACGAACGGUCUCAGGCCAAGUGGCUCACCCUCCUUCUGAACCCGGGGCACCGCAACGGCGAAGUGUCCGACUCUUUAACCAAAUCAAACCGACCACCAGCAAAUUGUCAAAUACGACUCUCGGCGGAAAGGAUGCUAGGGAACUCAAGAAGGUUAAGUCCACCAGCACAAAGAGCCGCAGUGCAACAGGCACGAGCCUAAACCGUGUGGUGAGCGGCUCUCGGAAACAACUAAACGAAAUCCAUGAUGGUGAACCUAGGGAGCCUCGGUCGGGGACCUUGGCGCCGAAUGGUUCGCAUCAUCCUCCCACGAAGGGGACGUUAUUAGAGAGGUCAAAGGCGAUGGAGGCCUUGAAUUGGCUGCUGGAGCUCUUUUCGAAGCUGGCUUCUGGCUAUUUCGCCCUGUGUCGGUACAAGUGUCCUGAAGCCAUCCAAAUUUUCACCGCCCUAUCCCAAGGUCAGCGGGAGACCCCUUGGGUUCUCUCGCAGAUUGGAAGGGCAUACUACGAGCAAGCUAUGUAUUCGGAAGCGGAAAAGUACUUCGUGCGGGUCAAGUCCAUGGCGCCGUCAAGAUUAGAGGAUAUGGAAAUUUAUUCAACUGUUCUGUGGCACUUGAAGAACGACGUGGAAUUGGCAUAUCUGGCUCAUGAACUGAUGGAGAUUGACCGCCUCUCACCCCAGACCUGGUGUGUUGUGGGUAACUCUUUCUCCCACCAACGUGAUCACGAUCAGGCUUUGAAAUGCUUUAAGCGUGCCACACAAUUGGAUCCUCAUUUCGCCUACGGCUUCACGUUACAAGGUCACGAAUAUGUGGCCAAUGAGGAAUAUGACAAAGCCCUGGACGCAUAUCGACAUGGAAUUAGUGCUGACUCGCGACACUACAAUGCCUGGUACGGAUUGGGUACGGUCUAUGACAAGAUGGGCAAGCUUGAUUUCGCCGAGCAGCACUUCCGCAACGCGGCCACCAUUAACCCGACCAACGCUGUGCUCAUCUGCUGCAUUGGUCUGGUUCUGGAGAAGAUGAACAACCCGAAAGCGGCUUUGAUUCAGUAUGGGCGUGCUUGUUCUCUAGCUCCUCAUUCGGUCCUUGCUCGGUUCCGCAAGGCUCGUGUAUUGAUGAAGCUUCAGGAGCUCAAGUUGGCGCUCGCUGAGUUGAAGGUCCUUAAGGACAUGGCUCCAGACGAGGCCAAUGUCCACUACCUGCUGGGCAAACUCUACAAGAUGUUACAUGAGAAAGCCAAUGCGAUCAAGCAUUUCACGACCGCCUUGAAUUUGGACCCCAAGGCGGCACAAUUCAUCAAGGACGCUAUGGAAUCCUUGGAUGACGACGAUGAAGACGACGAAGAUAUCGCGUGAUUGUACUAUUGUCCUUGCUGUUCCUGACUUAUCGAUCCCCACCCCCUUUCCCUCAUUUCCAUCAUUGU